AUGAAAUUAUUUAAACAAUGUUAUAAAGAAUUCUUUCUUCAAGCCUAAACACAAGAACUCUAUAAAUAUGAAGAAUCUUUAAAUAGUCUAACUCUUUAAUUUAUAUCAGAAGAAUUAGAAUUGUCUUAUUAAAAUAGAUAAAUGGCGAAAGUAAUUGUGUAAUUUAGGAUAUCUAUCCUAUUAUAGAUAUUAAUAAAUAUAGGGUUUAUCAUCAACUCUGCUGUAGUGUACAAUUCACCAGAUAUUGUGAAAUUUAGAUUAAUAUUUAUUGGAUGGAUGCUCAUUUGUUUAUUUUUAUAGAAAAUUUCUAGGAAAUAUUGGAAUAUCACCACGAAUAUACUGAAUUUUAUAAAUAGUGUGAUAAGUGUGUUAUUGUUUGCCUUCUUUACAAAAUUUGUUAAUACAGCCUAAACAAACUUUAAUGAUGUUAUGAGUCUUUCUUUAAUAUCUGGUUUGUAAUAAGGAUUAUUUGCUAUGAGUUUUUUUUUAAUAUAAUCAAACUAUAUAAUGUAGAGUUUGACUAUGCUUAGUUUCUUCAUUAUAAUAAUGGGAAUAUUUACCUAAUUUUUAAAUUAUAGAUUAUGGACAUAAUAUCUCCUUUUAAUAUUUACAUGUUAUUUAUUAAGAUAGAAUGAAAAGACAAAUCGUUUGAAUUUUUUAUUAAUUCAUAAAUCUCAUAAGAAUUUAGAAGCUUGUAAGAAACUUUAUGAUGAAACGGUUCCAACUUCAAUAAUAAUAUUGGAAGAGAAUAUACAAUAAGAAGGAGUUAAAAAUGAUUUAUUAAAUUCAGCAGUUACUUAAAAAGAGAAACUUUAUACAUAAGAUAGUAAAAUUAUGAAUGUAGCUUACUUUAAUAAAAGUGCUUCUAUUCAUUUUGAAACAGCCUAAGAAGAUAUUCUAACAGAAAGAUUAAAUGAGAUAGAAAUUUCGAAUUCUGAAAAUUCAGUUUUAAAUUGUGAAAAGAAUAAGCUUUUAGAGAAAAUUUAAGGGUUAUAAUCUACAUUACAGACUGAAAUGCGAUUCAAUACAAUAAAUUAAUUUGAUUAUUAAAUAAUGUCUAUUAAUAAAAAAAUGUAAUGUUAAAGAGUAUAAAUAAUAAAUAAUAUAUAUAGGUUUUAAAAUAAUAAAAAGUUUAUUACUAUGAUGCAUAAGCUUAAGGAUGUUUAUGGGAUGGAAAAUAAUGUAUUAUGUUAAUAUUGAAUGAUACUACUGACAGAGUCUUAAGAAUAAAGCAUCUUUAAGAAUUAGACAAUUAUAAAGAUAAUUUAUUAGCAGCAGUGUCUCAUGAUCUGAAAACUCCAUUAAAUGGUUAAAAUAUUUUAGCAAAUUUAAUUAAAACAAUGAUGGAAAAUAAAUAAUCUAUGAUUAGAAGUGAUAUUUAAGGUAUAAAAAUGUAAUAAUAUUUUUAAGAAAUUGUUGUACAUAUUGAUGAUAUGAUUUCUAAUUAAUAAAUAUUAUUAACAAUGAUAAAUGAUUUGAUUGAUUAUUCAUAAUUAAAAAAAUAAGGAUUAAGAUUAAAUUAUACUUAAUUUGAUCUUUCUGGAUGUGUAUAACAAAUUUAAAAGAUGUUCAAAAGAUAAAUGGAUUUAAAAUAAUUGUAAUUUAAAAUUGUUGGAUUAGAUGAAUAGAUAAUAAUGUUUACAGAUUAAAUUCGAUUAUAGUAAAUUUUAUAUAAUCUAAUAUCAAAUGCUAUAAAAUUCACUUAUAAUGGAUUUAUUACAUUAAAGAUUUAGAAAUAGAUAUCUAACAACUAGAAUCUUAUUAAUUUUUCUGUUUAGGAUACUGGAAUAGGAAUACCUAUGAAUAUUUAGACUAAAUUAUUCAAAGCAUAUUCAACUUUUAAUUUAGGAAAUAAAAAUUCAUAAGGAGUAGGAUUAGGUUUAGUAAUAUCUAGAAAUUUAGUUGGUUUAUUAGGACCAAAUGAAUUUAUAGAAAUGAGUUCAAUAGAAAAUAAAGGAUCAAAUUUUAGUUUCUCAAUAUACUUGAAUGCUUAACAUAAAGAAUGCAAUUUUAUUAAUACUUUUUAAGUAGAUAAUGGAACUCCUGAUAAUGAUCCAUCUCCUAUUCAUAAAGUUCCAAAUCCUUUAGUUAAAAGACCUAAUAGAAAAUAUUAAACAGUUGUAGAUAUAUCUACAUCUUUAUAUUAAAAAUUAAAAAUAUUAAUUGUAGAUGAUACAAUCUUUAAUAUUUACGCUUUAAAAUAAUUAUUAAAACAAAUCAUUAUUUAAUGUGAUAUUCAUGAAGCUCAUAAUGGAUUAGAAGCAUUAGAAAAAGUCUAAGGAAUUAGAUUUGAUAUUAUUUUUAUGGAUAUCAAUAUGCCAACAAUGAAUGGAAUAUAGGCUACUUAAGAAAUUAGAUAAUUUGAAAAAAAUAACUAAUUUUAAAGGUCAAUAAUAUGCAUGCUAUCUGCUUUCUAGGGAGAAAGUGAUUUAUAAGAAUCCUUAAGAAUAGGAGCAGAUUUACAUUUAUCAAAACCUUUCUAAAUUAUUGCUCUAAAGACUAUCUUGAAAUAAUUUAAUUUAAAUUGA